AUGAAGAACUUUUACACUCUCGCGGCUUUCGCCGCUGGUGCAAAUGCCCUAGUUUCUCGUGAUGGUAGCUGCUGCUUCCAUCUUGAUGCUUCUGGCGCUAUGACCGGCUCUGUCGGCCAACUGAGUGAUGGUCAGAACCGUAUCGGUGACAAUAGUCUGUCUCCCGCACAGUUCUGUAUCAGCUCUGAUGGCUCUGUCACCGAUGGAAAUGGCCGUGGUUGUAUUCUGACCCCUCCUACCACUCAAUUCCAGUGUGAUACCGGGGCCACACCAACCCCAGGUUUCUCCGUGAGCUCUUCUGGCAUGCUGGAGUUCAACGGCAGUCCAGACUUCAUUGCUUGUGAGACUGGCCAGAACGGAGGUGCGAAUAUCCACACCACCAACAGCUCCGCUCUCGGCCAGUGUGAGAAUAUCAUGCUCAACGCCGAUUCCUGCUUCGCUCCUCCCGCGCCGACUAGCAAUAACUGCGAAACUACCCUGACCUCGGGCAACUUUGAGUUCCCUCACCUAAUUGUGCCUAUCGACUCCAAGUCUCCCGACACAGCCUUUGGCACCCAAUUUAACGGCACUGUGACCUCGACUAUUUCGAGCAUCUUUAACUUUGAUAUCCCGCAGUCUGACUCGGGCAAGACUUGUAGCCUGGUCUUCCUUUUCCCUGAAUUGAAGGACUUAGUGACCUCGUCUUUCAGCUCUAGCGGUGAUGGCAAAAUUGAUUUUUCUAAGCUCUCUAAGCCCGCUGAUACCCAGACUACAUUCAACAACGCCCCCUCUGUCUCCCAAGAUCUCGGCGAUAUCACUGUCUCACCUGGAAACUCGUUUGUUGUUUCGACUUUCUCGUGUCCCGCCGGCGAGGCUGUUGCCUUCGAGAUGAAAAAUGCUGGUAGUACUGAUCUCAACUUCUUCCAGGACUUUAACCCCUCUCCUAUUGGUCUAUUCAUCACUGUUUGUUAA